AUGAUCUAGCCCCGCACAACACCGAACAAAGUUUACAGGAAAGAUGCACGUUUCUUGAAGACCCUCAUUGUAAGACACGAUUUGGGGUUUAGUGGUUGCUUUGCCGUGUUAAUUGCACGAGGAUCAUUUAUUCUCUUCGGGUUUACCAGGGUUUCCUUACCAUGUUCCCAAGCCCGAUGACGUCAACUCCCUUUUCUGUGAAGGAUAUAUUAAACCUGGAGCAAAACCAAAGUGAAAUGGCUUCUCUGGAUGUAUCAUCCUGCAUGCUGGCGACAUUUAAACAGGAGACGUAUACCGAGAUUCCGUCGGCAGACUCUCUGUUCAAUGAAGAUUUCGCUCAGACCAAAGACACCAAAAACACUUGUCUGAACUACGCCGAUGCCUUUUAUGGCAAAAAUUUCUUGGAAAUGAAUGUCAACAAAGACGCAAAAUUGGACACAUUUGAGGGAAACAAGAAAAAAGAAAUCUAUUCAGCACACAAAGACACCGAGGACGAGGAGAAGGCAGAAGAAACGGAUCGCCCAAGACAAAGAAAAAGGAGAAAGCCUCGAGUGCUCUUCUCGCAGGCCCAAGUCUAUGAGCUGGAGAGAAGGUUCAAACAACAGAAAUAUCUUUCUGCCCCCGAGAGGGAUCACCUGGCCAGCGUCCUCAAACUCACCUCCACUCAAGUCAAAAUCUGGUUCCAGAACAGAAGAUACAAAUGCAAAAGACAACGGCAGGACCAAACGCUGGAAAUGGUUGGGAUCCCGCCUCCGAGGCGCAUCGCAGUGCCCGUGCUGGUCAGAGAUGGCAAACCGUGCAUAGGAGACACCGCUUACAGUACUUCGUAUAACGUUGGCAUCAACCAUUACACUUAUAAUGCCUACCCUACAUUCACCAACUACACCAACCCAACCUGCAACACAAACUAUACCUGUAACUAUCCAGCUACAGCAAUGCAAACCAUGCAAUCGUCACCAGCCAGCAAUAACUACAUGAACUUUAGUGUUGGCGACUUCAAUAACGUACCGUCUCACUUCCAGCCUGGCAAUGGAGUAUCUACAUUACAUGGUAUCAGAGCCUGGUAGCUUCUUUUUUUUAGGAUAAUGGCAUUAGUUGUGUUGAAGGAGUUUGUUUAAUCCACAGGUUUUCAUGAUAGAAAGUACAACAAUUGGUAUGAACCUAAAAACGGACAUUUAAAAAAAAAGAAAUAAUUGUAACUUAAAACUUAAAUUGGUGAGAAGUGACAAUUAAAGUUUAGAUACUUAAAAAUCACGAGACAAAAAAAAAAAAAAAACCGCAGAGAAAGAAGGUGCUGUAAUUCCGAUACAUUUAAAAGAUUAUUCUGAUGUGUAACUAGUAGUCUACAUUUUGCACUGUCAAAUGCAUUUGAAAACAAUGUAUAUAAAUAUGUAUUAUUGCCCUAAAAUGUACAGAUACUGUAUUUGAUUAUUUCUGUUGGGAUUGUUUGAUGAAUUGUAUGGUUUGGUGUUUUUCAAACGCUGACAGAAUAUCGUGGGGUGCACUAUUAGCUAGAAAGUCAGAGGUUGUCUACUGUACUGCUCUGAUGCAUAUGGGAUAUUUCAUUGACCGACUAAAAACAUGACCUAAAAUAUGUAUUGUAAGAAAAGCAAAUACAAUUUUAAAUAAAGCGUGUACUUGGACUUCAA